AAUCGUUUCAUAUCCUUUAGCAAAGAUGUUCUUAUUCCUCUUCUUGUUAAUUUUAUUAGGUGAUGUAUCUUGAAGAAGAUGAUCUUGAUGGUUUAGAAGUGACCUCUGAUGGGAAGGAGGAAGAUUAUCUUGAUGAUUUAGAAGUGACCUCUGAUGAGAAGGAGGAAGCAGAUGACGCCGAGCCAACUGUUGUUAAAGCAGCUCGAAAGAGAAAGCCGAGGACGGUUACAAAGCCUUACAGAAAAAGGGCUCGCCAUCACUCAGGGCCAAGACCUUUGAUGGAAGGCGAAGGGGAAUCUCUCAAGGUGCUGGGUUUUGACAAAGAUGAAAGGAAAAGAUUUUCGUAUACGUUUAUGAGGUACGGACUUGACAACAAUGAUUGGAAGAAGUUUGUUCCUCACUUCAAGCUCAAGCCCUUUGACGAGAUAAAAGCUUAUGGCAUACUCUUUCUCAAGCAUAUGUCCGAAGAUAUUGGAGAUAGUUCUCAAACGUUUUCUGAUGGAGUCCCUAUAGAAAAUGACAAACCUGACGAUGUACGUGUCAGGAUUGCUCUUCUUUUGCUAUUUAAGGAGAAGUGUAAGUAUUUAGAAGACAAUCCUACAAAAGAUGUUUCCCCUGCCCACAUCUACCGAUCGUUCCAGUCAAAACGAACAUUUUGGCAGAAAAUCGAAUAUGACAAGAUACUGGUCCGUGGUGUUUUCAAGCAUGGGCAUGGAUCAUGGCUGAAAAUCAUUGAUGAUGAAGAAUUCAGGCCGGUCGAAGAGGCUCUCUGCAGACGUUGGGGCUACCCUUUCCCUUACAAAAGUUUGUCUGGUGGUGAACAAACAGACAGUAGUCUGAAUAACGAAACUGGUAUGGCGGAGAAUAAUAAUGCUGCUGUUGACAAAGGUCUAAUAAAAAUUAUUAGGGGAAAAUUAAGCGACAAAGUGAGAAGACGGGUUACGGUUCUGGAAGCCGCGCUGAUGCAAGAGUACGCAGAAUAUAUAGAGAAGGAACAAGCAAAAGCAAAAAAGGUGAUGGAUACAGCGGGAACAAGCUUUGUAGAUGCGGACAAAGAAAUGCUUGAUGGACUGCCUAAGAAUGAUCCCAUCGUAUCAGAAGAAAUUUCUGCAGCUGCCGUUAACAACAAGCAAGCUAGGGUUGAAGUGGCUCAACCAUACAAUCAGAGAGUUAAUGAGAACUCAAGGGAGUCAUUCCAGACAUAUUUCAAUGGUCAACCGCUGACUCGAAUGCUGAAGGGGAGUCAUUCCAGAAGCGCCGGGACAGAUCAUGAUGUUGAGAUGGAUGCAGCGGAUAACGUUAUUGUGUUGGAUUGAUUCAUACAUCAAGCAUCAUUGUUACUUCUUUCAUUACUGUUUGGGAGUUGGCUGGAUAUUAAUUACUUUUCUCAAUUUAGUAGAGAUGUGCUAAAUUAAGUUACCGUUUGCUGAAUUUGUUUGCAUACAUUUAUCUUGGAACAAUCUAGUAUGAUUUAUCA